UGCGCUGCCCUCGCGCCAUGGCGGGCGAGCGCACGGCGGCUGCGCUGUCGGGCUUCGUGCUGGGCGCGCUCUCCUUCCAGGACCUCAACACCGAUGCUGACACGCAAACAGAAGGCAAGUUAAACUGUGGAACUGUGGAGCUGCGGAGCUGUGGAGCGCGUCUCGGGACAGCUCGGUAUAGACGUGAAGAGAUGGCGACUCCCUGGCUUAGCACCCCGUGCCCUGGUGUCCGCAGCCCGAAGGAGCAGGAAGUGCAGCCUGCGUGUGCCGUGAGGAACUCGGAAGGCGAGAUACUCGGGCCAAGAGCUGGGCAGGGGCCAUCCCGUCAGCGUGUUCCAAACGUGGCCUCUCAUCUGUGUCCACAGGAAGGGUUUCUCUUCGGGGAAGUGAAAGGCGAAGCGAAAAACAGCAUUACCGACUCCCAGAUGGACGAUGUGGAAGUCGUUUAUACAAUUGACAUUCAGAAGUAUAUUCCCUGCUACCGGCUUUUUAGCUUUUAUAACUCUUCAGGUGAGGUGAAUAAGCAUGCACUGAAGAAAAUACUUUCAAGGGUGGAAAAGAAUGUGGUAGGUUGGUACAAGUUCCGUCGUCACACAGAUCAGAUCAUGACGUUUAGAGAGAGGCUGCUUCACAGAAACUUACAGAAGCACCUUUCAAACCAGGAACUUGUGUUUCUCUUGUUAACAUCAAGCAUAGUGACCGAAAGCUGUUCCACUCAUCAGCUGGAACAUGCCUUAUACCAACCUCAGAAAGGACUUUUUCAUAGGAUCCCUUUAGUAGUGACCAACCUGGGCAUGUCUGAGCCACUGGGUUAUAAAACUACAUCAGGUUCCUGUACAUCCACGGGCUUUAGCAGAGCAGUAAAAAUACACAGCUCUGAAUUUUUUAAAGAAGAUGGAUCUUUAAAGGAGGUACAUAAGAUAAAUGAAAUGUACGCUUCUCUACAAGAAGAAUUAAAGGAUGUAUGCAAUAAAGUGGAAGGAAGUGAACGAGAAGUAGAGAAGCUAAUAAAGGAUGUAAACAGGUUAAAACAAGAAAUUAAAAAAAGGCAGCAAGUACAGAUUCAAGCAGCACUGCUAUGUAUUAAACCCAAGGCUUCCUUCAUUCUAGGAGAAUGCACUACCAUUGAGCUGCAUACCCAGCCCAGGACGCUUCUAUUUGAAAAUCAAAACCUUCCAGUUUUCUUUCUAAAUUAUCAAAGGAAAGACAUUCCUUUAAACUUGUUCAACAUACUCAGCAAUUCACAACAUGGAAGAAAUAUAAAGUUUAUAUGAAAAUUUAUUUUACCUAAGUCAUUAUAAUUUCUACUCCUUAUUAAGUGAUGAUAAAAAGGUUAUUAAGCCGGGCCUGGUGACAUGUACUUACUGUCCCAGCUACUGAGAAGGCUGAGGCAGAAAGGACCACUUGAGAUCAGGAGUUGAAUGCCAACCUAGGCAAUGCAGUAAGACCUGGUCUUAAAAAAAAAGUAUAUUAUGGCUGGGCUUGCUAGAUACCAUGCAACAUUUGGGACAUUCUUACAUUUAAAAAUUAUCUGAAAUUCAAAUUAAAUUGGGUGUCCUGGAUUCCAUUUGCUAGGUACAGCAAUUCUAAUUACAGCACAGCUAUCAAACAGCACAAACAUCUCUCCCUAUAGUCCUCUACAUAAAAUUGAGUGUCCAAAAUUUUGGACACAGUAAAAACCUGGUAAUCCAAUAUGUUUGGGAUAGGCAGUUGGUCAAGUAACUGAAGUUGGAUUCACAAAUUAUGUGUAGACGUGCAUACACACAUGUAUAUGUAUACAGACAGACACAGAAGGGAAACCCCAUCACAAGCUCUUGUUUUAUUUAUUUUGACUUUUGAGAGUGUCUUGCUACGAAGUGCAGGCUAGCCUUGAACUCAUGAGCCUUUUAUUUAAGCUGGCUGGAUGUGGUGGCACGCACCGGUAACCCCAGCACUUGGGCUGAGGGAAGAGGAUUGGCAUGUUUGGGCUACAUGCAGAGUUCAAGGCCAGCCUGAACUACACAGUAAGACCUAUAUCCAAAAAAAAAAUGUAUGUUUAUUUACCAACUAUUUGGUUUAGGUCAGUGAUAGAGUUCCCCCACCAAGAAAAUGGCCUCUCACAUAGGAAAUGAGUCAUGUUGGGGAAUCGAAACUAACUCCCAACAGGAAAACGAAACUUACCCUACCCUGCCUCCUUCCCACCAGAAAGUUUUCCCGCCUGUAAGUUCAAACCUGCCAAUCAUUUCCAGCCUUGUCACUAGCACCAACCUAUCACCCACUUACACACGAUGCUCUCCCAAACCCUUAUAAACCUCACCCCCACUCGAUUCCCUCUCUCGUUCACUCUCGUCAUUGUUGGAGGCAGCUGGGCAGCUUUCGCCCAAUAAAGCCUUGCCUCAGGUGCUCCUGUUUCGGCUCAUUUUCUUUCAGCCAGGAACGUUUCUGUGUAAAGUUCACUGACUAGAAUUCCUAUAUAAAUCACUUAUUAACCAUGACAACACUCAGUUUUUCUUUCUUUAAAGUGAACAAUUUUCAGAAACUUGUAAAGCCACCCAAGCACAAAAUACAACUAAGUUUCCCAUUUCACACCACCUUUCCACUCCUGCAUUUACCUGUCCUAUCUACGGCUAGUUUUUCAACUACAUUCUAUAGCUAUUUUUAUCCAGUCCAAAGCAUUUAGUUUGCACAGCAGUAACUUUAUGCCCAUAUUUUCAAUAAAACUGGCACAGGUCUGGGAAUAAAGCAGCUUACUGUUGGCACUAUGCAACUCAGCAGGUAUGAGAGUCAUGACUAUAAGAAUGAUUUCAGGGUGGACAUCACCCUAAUCUGUGAACUGCUUUAAGCAGAUGUGGCUGAGUGAGCUUUUACCAGAUCUGCACAGUACUGAGCGGUAGGAAGAGGAAGGUCACUUGAGCCCAGGAGUUGGAGGGCAGCCUCAGCAACACAGUAAGACCCUGUCUCAAAAGAGAAGAACAGAGGGGGAUGGGGCUCUUGCUGUCAUGUGCAGAUACACGUCUUUUCUACACACCAGAGUUUACACAUCACACAAAGCCCUUGCCAUGUUUCACACCCUGGAAGACUGUUGAGUACACACCCUGCACAUCUGUUAGUUUCUAGAGAAAUUACUUGAUAGAGAUUAUGUUUAGCAGAAAACUUUAAUUAUGUGAUGUUUUUGUGAACUAUCUGGAAUGGUCUGUGCAAACUGCGGGGGUUGUGUUUCAGUGGUGAUGGAACUGUAAUGCUACACACAGCAAGAGAACUGGCAUUAUCAGUCUGAAUCCUACUUGUAUCACUAUGAGAAAAUGAUUGCUAGCAGAGUAUGUAUGCACCAUCCUUUUAUAUAAAAAGGAAAAUCCUCCCAGCUUAAGGAUAACUCAUCCACAUGGAGAACAAAGUGGUGGAGUAAAGACCAGCAGCAAACUACAGCCACUCCAGGACCUGGAAUCAAGACAUGGUAAACAACAACUUGGUGAAAA